AUGGCUACGCCUCCCACGCCGCCGCCGCUACCACCGCCCGGCUUCUUCGAACGCCGGGCUGCCCUCGCCGCCGCCAAAGCAAAGGCCGCCUCCACCGCAACCGAUGCCUUUUCUUCCUCCACCCUGGCCAUAGCUCCAACCCUACCCACCACCAUCAACUAUGCCGACACCAUCUCAGAUGUCAGCCCGUUCAUCCCCAUUACUUUAGAUCUUCCAAAGCACAACUAUUAUCAUUGGCGUCAUCUCUUUGAAGUUCACCUCGGCCGCUGCAAUCUCCUGGAUCACGUUGCCCCCGGCUCUGUUGCCCGGCCCUUCGAUCAUCGAUGGGUCAAGGACGACCUCGCCAUCAUCCAGUGGAUUUAUCAGUGUGUCUCCACGGAGAUCUUCAACCUCGUCUUCCGCGACGCCACCAAUGCCGCCGCCCUUUGGGUGGCUCUACGUCAACUCUUCCAGGACAACGUCGAUGCCCGCAUCAACACCCUCCACACUGAGCUCCACAACACCGUCCAAGGCGAUUCUUAG